AUGAAAUCAAAAUGGAGGCGAAGUCUACUCGUUUGCAUAUUUAUGUAUCUCUCCUUGUUAUGUAUAUUAAGAGAUCAUCUCUUACCAGAAAAUAUAUUUGGGACACAGAAAAAGCACACUAUUUCUCCUGAACAAAACUUCACUUGCAUCUGGAGUGUCGUGGAAAACCGCGAAAUAUGUAAACCGGUGUGUAAUCAUGGCUUCUUUGGACUUUAUGGAAUGGCAAAAUGUCACCCCUUACUCACUUGUGCGGAUAUUAAACAACUCAAAUUAGAAGGGAACAUAGGAAACUCAGGAUAUGUGAAAGAGGUGUGGCAUUCUUAUUGGCAGAAGUUUCCGGUUGUAGUAAAGAAAUUAAGGAAAUUUGAUAGGGCGGGAAAAAUUGCAGGCCCUGGUUAUCUCCAGGGAAUAAAUCUGAUGAAAAACUUCUAUAGGCCCUCUGUCCUACUACAGCUUGUGGGCCAUUGCAAUGAUACCAUUGUCACAGAGGUUCACAGACUGCUUGAUGCAAGGGAUUUGGAGAUUCGAUUUAAGGAAUAUCCCCUCUAUAACACUUUACAAACCAGGAUGCAGUUAUGUGUGAGCUAUGUAGAUAUACUAAGAACCCUGCAUUCUGGACACGAUGGAAAAAUAUACGUCCAGUGUGACGCAAACCAUAUCCAAAAAUUAGCAGGACAAUUUCUUUUUACCGAGGAUUUCCGAUUAGUUCUUAGUGACGUCGACUCCAUGGAAACCAUUUUGGUGAACGGGACGAAUAAGAGGUUAAUUAAAUGCACUGUCUGGGGUGAAGUUACAGGAAGAUUUCCUGCCCCCGAAGAAUUGUGGCCUUACAAAGGGGGAUACGAUGCUUCCAAAUUGCCGCUAUACGACGAAAAAAUCGAGAUCUGGAAGAUUCCAGACGUGUGUUUGUACUUUCUAGGUGAUGAUGUUUCUACACGUCAACUUAAACGUUCUCUUAAGGACAUCCACAAACAGUGCAAGAACCGCAACCCAAGGAAACGACCAACCGCUGAACAAGUGUAUAAGACAUACCUGACAAUUUAUAAAGAUAUGAUUGAAAGUAACUUUUCUGGCUUCAAGGAAAGAGUGUAAAAUUGUAUAUAAACUAUGAAUGUUACAUGAUAAACGGUUAUUUGCAUUUUGUACAUAUAUUCUUCAAAACAAUAAGACAGUCUUCAUAAUUCUUCAAGAUCAUACUAGAUAUAAAUGUUUCAAGUUCUGAUGUUUCGUCAUUAGUAAUACUGUUAUGUAUAUUUGAUAUACAUUUUAGUUGACUUAUCUUUCCUAGUUCUAAUGUGGGAGUGUAUUGCUCAAUGUAACCCGUAUUCAAAUAUAUGAAGUCGAUCUAAAUCAAUAAUCUAAAUCUGGAUCCCUCCUGAUUUAUAACAGCCUUUGUAGUGUUGCAACUGCCAUAAUAAAUAAUUCAAAAAUAAAUGCAAAAUCGUCAAAAUAUAAACUAAAUACGCUUUGCUUGCAAAUCAAUUAGCUUUUAAGUUGACUGUGCAAGAUGAGCAGUCAAGAUACUCAUUUUGUUGUUUGGGGGUGUGUGGAAGGGAGGGUGAUUCAGUUGAUUUAUCGAUAUGAAAAUUACUUAUUCAGUCGCAUUACUGGCAAUCUUAGAAAGAUAAGCCUGUUUAUGUAAUUACGUAUGUAUGUACUUAGUAAUCUAUUAUUUUGUUAAAAACACCCUGUCACACUGAUAUUUUGAUAAUACAUUUAGUAAGUAGAAAAUAAACUUGUGAUAGGUAUCCCAAAGGCCAGUAAGAUAAAAUUAAUAUUAAAGUUCAUGUGCUAUAAACAAUUAAUCAAAAGACCCAGUAAUAUUUAUAACUAAAUUGAAAUUAUUACAGGGAACGUAUCUUUCAAUCUAAUUAAAACACAGCGAGUAAGCGAGCGGAUCUAACAUCUAAUUUUAAUUUGAUUGCAUAUCUUUCUACAAUAAACUACUGAACACUAGAUCAUGCUUUGGUUUAACUGCCCGCU